GGCACAGCGUGUGUUGGUGAUGGCUAGCUCAUAGUUGCGCUGUGGGAGGGGUACUCGUGGUUUGUGGGGUCGUGUGCAAAUUAUGUGUGCUGCUAGAUGCUGUCGCUUCAGUUCGUUCGGUGUGGAACUGAACACAUAUAAAAGGACGAAAUCGCAUUAAGAAGUUAUUCGUGAUUUAACCUUGCAGUGAAAGUUAAAGUGAAAGUGCAGUUCCUGAACCGUGGUGGUUGUAGAGUCUAGCCAGUUUGUGUUCGGUCGAGUUCGGCCAGUUCCCAGCGAGUUACCCAACCUUGGGGGUAAUCGUGUGCAGUUCCGCUUUUCGACAGUUAGCUGAAGACGUCAGCAGUAUUCAAAAUUUUUGAUUAAAGGCAUACUCUAAAAUGGCUUCGCAAAAAACCGCCUUCAAAAAAAACAGAUCAAGAGUGUCUCUUUCUUUGGAAAUGAAGCUCAAUAUUUUGGAUGCCCUUCAAGAUGGGAAAUCUGUUGCAAACGUCGGCAGGAAUUUAAAAAUCAACGAAUCGACUGUGCGUACAAUUAAAAAGAAUCAAGAUAGCAUCAGACAGACAGCAGCUCAGGGCACUAUCUAUGCAACAAAAUCCUCAUCAUAUACACGAGAUCCAUUGAUGGUCAAGAUGGAAAAGGCACUUCAUAUGUGGAUCGAAGAUCACGCGCAGAAGAAAAUACCCUUGGAUCAGGAAUUAAUAAGGGAGAAAGCUUUGAGCCUUUACCUUUGGUUAGAGAAGAAUGAGCCGUCUUCAAGUAAAAAGAAAGACUUUACCGCGAGUAAGGGAUGGUUUUAUAACUUUAUACGUAGUAAUUCCAUUCGCAACGUUAAAAUCAAGGGUGAAUCCGCAUCGGCCGAUGUUUCGGCUGCAAAUAGUUUUCCUCCAAAGCUCGCUAAGAUCAUAAAAGAAGGUGCGUAUCAUGGUGACCAAGUGUUCAAUGGAGAUGAAACGGGUCUUUUUUGGAAAAGAAUGCCGUCUCGUACCUACAUUACGCAGCAGGAGCAAUAUGCCAGUGGUUUCAAAGCGGCCAAAGACAGGGUUACCCUGUUAUUUUGCAGUAAUGCUUCAGGCGACCUUAUGUUGAAACCGCUAUUGAUCAAUCGUGCUAUGACGCCCCGCUCGUUGAAGGGGGCUGAUUUCAACAAACUGCCAGUGCACUGGAAAGCUAACACUAAAGCGUGGGUCACAAAAGCCGUUUUUGAGGAAUGGUUUUACGAUAUGUUUAUUCCGGAAGUGAAAACAUACUUGGAAGGAAAAGGUUUGGAGUUCCACGUGCUUUUGAUUUUGGAUAACGCUCCAGGACACCUAGUUAUCAAGCACCCAAACGUUCAAGUUGUGUUUCUUCCACCGAAUACAACUUCUUUGUUACAGCCUCAAGAUCAAGGAAUAAUUGCUGCUUUCAAGAAGUUGUACAUUAAACAAUGUCUUCGGUACAUCCUCGAAAAGCUUGAAAGCGAUGAAACGAUGACGGUAAUUCAAGCGUGGAAAGAAUUUAAGAUAAGAGACGCUCUGACGUUCAUAGGAAAGGCUCUGUCUUCUAUGAAAUCUAAAACAUUGAAUUCGUGCUGGAAGCCACUAUGGCCAGAAUGCGUGAAAGCUGGUUCAACAGACCCUUCAAAUGUGGAAGAAUCAGAAAUUCUCAUUCUGGCACAUGCAAUUGGAGGGAAAGGAUUCAAAGAUAUGGAUAGUAGAGACGUUGAAGAGCUUCUUGAAGACACCGAAAUUGAAGAUGAUGAACUGAUGCAGAGUUUAGUCACAUCGGAGCCUUUAGAGGACGAUGAAGACCGGGAUAUCAAGCCAUGUGAUAUCGAAGACGGGAAUAAAUUAGCGGAUACCCUCGUAAAACAUUUUAUGGAAAAGGAUCCUUGUGUUGAGAGAGCCGUUUCAUUUCGGAAUGAUUUGAAACUGUGUAUGCUUCGCUACAAUAGAUUGAACGAAAAAACACAGCCAACAGUUAUCGAUGAAGAUGACGAGGAUUUCAGCUUACCAUUGGAACGCAGACGAUCUCGUCCGAUUUCUUCGGAUGAGGAAGAUAUCGCCACAUCAUCUAACCGCAAACAUCCACGUGUUGCUAAUGAUAGUGAUUAGAUCAAUAAAAGAAAUUCUUUUUUCCACUUGACUACAAUAAAAUUGAUUUAUGAAUACAUUGGUAAAAAUAUCAUGGUAAAAAACUAAAAAUAUGUUUAAUUAAAUUUGUCUAAAUUCCGAAAACAUUUGUUUGUAUUGUAAUUUUUUCAAAUUGCAAAAAUGCAAUUUGAAAAAAUUACUUUCGAACUACUGGACCGCUUCACAUGAUCGAUAUAUCAAAUUAAAGCCAAUUAGCUAGUCUUUCUUGAAAAAAUGUUAUACUAGCAAAACAGUUGGAUUUUGUUUUCGUAAUUAUUGAUUGUAUUUGUUUGCUUAUAGUUUACAUGAUCCAAGGACGCUAUAUUUUUUUAUGUUUCUUGAAAGUUCUGGUUUUUCCACACAAGAUAAUCGAAAAUCAGAAAUGUGAUUUUUAUCGUUUUCGAGUUAUGAGUUUGCCGAUGGUCCGAAAAAUCAGAUUUUUCUCUUUUUCUAUAAAUAACUUUUUUCUAGAAAGAAGAAGCUUUCAAGAAAAAAAUAUUUAAAAUAUAGUGCCCUUGGUCACGCAACCAUAUAAACUAUAAAAAACAAGUACAAUCAAUAGUUACGAAAACUUGGCAAAAUUGGUUGUACUGUUCGAAAAAUGAGAAAAAAUGUUACUCUAUGUUUCUAUAUUUUGUAUUUUAUAUGAAACAUCUAAAUUGGUAAAUUUUAUCAACAAUUAGAGCGACAAAAACUCUAAAGUUUUUAAUUUGUUAUUAAUUUUAUCAAAAAAAAAAAAUGCAUAAUAAACUUGAUUGUUUCUUGAAAUUUAAUUGAAGCUUUCUGAACGCUCUAUAAUUUGUUCUUCGACAUCUAGCUCCUAUAUUUUCUUAUUCCGCAGCAAUAUCAUUUUAAACAAUUCCUGGUGAGUCUUCAAUUAGAAUUUCCUAAUUACCACGGUUUUUACUCCAUUGUACUUAUAAUAUCCAAUAAACUUUCACCUUAACUUUGAAAUAUUACUUUUUUUCUUUCUUGAAAAAAGGCUAUUUGAGAUAUAAGACUUUUUUUUCAAACUGAGUGUAUUAUAGUCCAAAAUUGUAUAUAAUCGAACCAUAGAUAAUCGUGUCAGUAUAUAAUCGACUCUGUAUAUAAUAGAGUGAAUAUAUUACUUCAGAAAUCCGGUUUCAUUAUUGUGGUUUUAGUUGAAAACCUGACCAAGAAAAUUCAUUUUGCUUUCGUUGGAUUGCGCCUGCGAACUAUGUGCUACAAGAACGGAGCUUACAAACAUCUUUACAUCAGUUGCUCCACAAUUGGACUGUACUUGCAUCCUAAUUUGUGGACUAUUGCUGUAUUUGCCUGAAAAUAGAGUAUCCAAACUACAGUUCGGAAUAUGAAUCAUGCGUCGAAACUUGAUUCAAAUUCCGAUCACUACUUUAAUACUAAUUUUAAAGAAGAUGUCUGCAUAAAAGAUUUCUAGUAGAUCCAUACCUUUUAUAGCACUUAACAUGAAAACAGCAUACAAAAUAGUUAUACAACUACAAAAACUGAAAAACUGCGGAAUUUGCUAACGCAAACAAUGUGUUAUUGGUUUCGACACAUUUUUUGCAAAUGCUUAGUCUUAUGAAUUAUAAGCUGUAUCGAUACCUGUAAAUGUUAUUUGAAUGUAGCCAAUACCUCAAACAAUGUCAAGGCUUUCAUUAUUCUAUUAUUUAUAACAUUAAAGUUUAGUAAAUUUACAUUUGAAAAUUAAGUGUUCGGAAUUUGAGACAAAACAGUACUUUGAGCUCCAUCAACCAAAUGUGUCUAUCUUUUGAGUCGUAGUAAAUGAUAUCUGCUUCUAUGAAAUGCUAUAAUAUGCAUGAACAAAUUCAGUUCAGAAAAAAGCAAAAAGCGUUUGAACUUUUUCACCGUGGAGAAAUAUUAGGUUGUCUUAUGUCCGAUUGGGGCAGUCUUUCUUUGGAAAAAGUAAAUAGCCUUUGUGAAUCACGAAUAUACAUAUUUUUACUGGUAGAUGAAGAACAAUCGCUAAGAUCGGACGCAAAUAGAUAGCAUCCUUUUCUCCAGAAUAGUAAAAAAAAACUUGAACCCUCGAAACUGUAUUUAUUUCUAUACAAACAUUUGAAACAAACCAUCUCGAUUACUACGGCAAAAAACUUCACCACAUAUGGUUAAGGGUGCUUCAAGUAACUCAAUUUUCAAAUUAGGCUUUUCAAAAGGAAUUACAUUGCUUAAAAGUGGUAUCUCUCAUUCGUUCAAUAGAUUAUUUUCAAAAUUACACAAAUGAAUUUCGAAUACUUAUUCAACCAUUGAUCAAAAUAUCCGACAAAUCUUUUGACAUAUUGUAAAGUGACAGUCAAAAAAUAUACGAUGUUACAUACUUCUGUCCGGUACUGUGAGUAAAUUUAACACUUAACGCCCACGUUUAAUCUGGGAAAGCAAAUAGCGCAAAAAAAGAAAAUGUAGAACUGGUUUUUCCUAAAUGAACAAAUAAAUUCCUAUUUAACAAUCAUAACAUUUUCCCCUCCAACAAAUAUGUCACCAGAGGAGAAUUUUCGAUCAUUGCUUUCUACGGAAAUCAAGUAAGGACGCAAUACAUUUUAGAUGUAAGGAUAGUUUUCAAGAAUUGAGUGUGAAGUGUGAGUGUGAAUGAGAAUGUAUGAAUGUAUGAAUGUGAACAUUGUUAAAAUGUCCUUACAUCCCAUCCUUUUCCUAAUGAAAAUGUGUCACCCUUCUAAACUCGAGUCGACCGCGAGUAAUCGGUUUCCUAUUUUAUUAACCAUAGAAUUAAGGAAACAUGUUAAUAUAUUCUAGUUAAAAUAUAGUGAUGAAUUUGGCUCCUUUAAACUUAUGCAACUGAGCCUGUAAAAAUAAACGAUUUAAUUAAAAAAACAGUAAGGACGUUGGUCCAAAUGACGAACUAGCCAAAGGCUGAGUGUCAUAAAUAAAAAUAAAAAACGGGGACAUAUCUUUCACAUUUUUUAGAUUGGUGUUUGACAUCUCUUGAAAUUUUUUUUGAAUUCAUAUCGCUUGGAGUCUUUUGAGUAAAAUUUACAAAAGAUAUUUCAUAUUAAAUUUGUGUUGAAACAUAUAAAAUUUCGCUGAAAUACAUCCGAAACAAAAAAAGGGGAUCAAGCUCACAUUACUUACACUAUUGUUGUUUAUUCUUUUUCCAUUCGGUUACCAAAAUCGUUUCAACGCUAGCUGAAAUCGAACCCAGAAUCAGGUACCAAUUUCGCCAAGAUUGCGACAACGUUAUCACGAGAAUACUAAAUCUUAUCCCUCAGAUAUACCGUGUUAACCUCGAGCAAACCACAGUUAUUUAACUCAAUUCCCAGGAGACAAACAUAGAAAAAAUGAAUUUGGCUCCAAAUAUUGAAGCAAACGUACUUAAGUCUUACAAAUGAACAAAUUGAGAAGAAAAUACAACAUACCGCGUAUAAAUCGAUUCUUUUGGAAAAACCGCGUAAAUUCCGAAAUCCGCGUAAAAAAAAACCGCGUAAAUUCCGAAAUCCGCGUAAAAAAAAACCGCGUAAAUUCCGAAAU